UUCUUAUUCUGAAAUCGAAAUGUAAAUAAAUGGGUUUUUUUAAGGGUUUUUGAAGUAGUUUUAUAUGUACAUACUUUGUAGAUGAUACUCUUUCUUUUUUGGUAAAGUGACAGUUUUUUUGACAUACUGUAGAGUGGGGUAGCUUCUGGUGUCACAGCUCUGCUAUGUUGAAGUGAAAAGUUUCAGCAGCAAUUUAGAAUUACAUUUUUAUUUGGAAUAUUGCUUAUGUAACAAGUGUAAAAAAUUGGGGAAUAAGUUGUAAACAGUAACAAAAUUUGCUAGUUUGAAAUAGUAUUAAAGUUUUGUAUUUUUCCUGUUAGUAUUUUUGACAUGUGCCUUUAUAUGGUUUAUUUCCAAAACGUUAUCAGCACCCAAAGACACAAUUUGUGGCAUUAGGCCUGAAAAUUUGUAUUUUUAUUCACCCCAUAACACCACCAUUACGCAUCUGAGUUGUUCGAGGAAGUUGAUUAGGCUUUCAUGAUGGAAAAAGCAAGAAUGAGGUGGUAUGGCCAUGUGCAGAGAAUGGGAAGAGAGAGGCUGCCUAGGAAAAUGAUGGGAGUAGACGAACACAGGAAGAAUACUUCAAGGAAGAACAAGAAGCAUUGGCCAACAUAAUGAGUACGAGUGAGGCAGACAAGUCUGUGUUCGACAGGACAUUGGAAGUAAACAGAAACGUGAGGAAAAAACGUCGACAUCUUGUAUGGGCUAUCGUCAACCUUAUUCUCUUUUGUGUUUUUGCACAUGAUGCACUGCACUUCUGUCCAUACUAUACUAAUUCAGUGCGCUUUGGAGAAGUCGUAUUGGCUAUAAUAUUUGGGCUUAAUGCGUUGUACCAUACCAUUCAGUAUCUUGAAUGUAAAAUAAAACUGAAACCAGUAUUUAUGACACCAGCCCAGAAAAAACUGAUUGGCAUCAGAGACUUGGAUUCGUAUUUAAAAGUGACGUCCACUCCAGCCGAGAAGCCAAGUUGCUCGUACCCUGACUUGUCACCGCUGAAUCUCUCAGCGUGCAGUUGGAGGUCGUCCUCAAUGUUUACAGCCCCGUCUCCAAGCAGCUGUGAGACCUCUUUGGGCUAUGGUGUGACGGAACUUUCGAGCCCAAAUUUGUCUUUGUCCUCUUCAUCAUGGAUGUAUACUCCUGGAAGCCUGUGUGAUACUUCCCAAAAUGCUCUGAGAUGUCGCCCAGCAUUGGCUACGACGAGCCCGUCGUCGUCUCCUCGCAGCAUUUCUUCUGUUGAGUUCAUUGAAGACAAGCAUUCUUUGAAGACAUACUUGAAAGAGUUUGAAGAACAUGAGAAGAAAGCUGCUGUUGGUGUGACAAUGGAUCAGCCGUCUAAUCUCCUGAGCUCGUUUUGGUCGUACUCUCCUAUUCGCGCCAUGCCCGAUAUCUCGCCAGUGUUGCGUCGAUCACUCUACCAGUUGGCGCCAUCGUCUCACACGGAAACGACCAGCUCCCCGGCCGGCUCGGACGACGCUGGGUCGCAGUCUGGUCUGGUCCCCAAGCAGGAGGUGUGGCGCAGAGCCAGAGUCAACCCAUCCGUGCUCACUCAGUGGAAUGCAAAUUUGCGCAUGUGGUUGUCGCAGACGAUACUGUCACGAAUGGUGCGAGAGAUCCAGCUGAUAGACGAGGCCUUGCAGCGCCACGGGCUGUCGGAUGUGCGGGUGGGCGGUGUGGGGCUGGAGCGCCUCAAGAAGACAGCCCGUGCACCGCAGGUCGUCCUGAACAUGCCCACCUUGGCGAGGAUCAUUCCCUUCCUCGAGAUAACUGCGAACCAGGAGUACCUCGUUAGUCGCAUCAAGGAACUUGCGAAAGGCGGAUGCAUGAGCGAGUUCAAGUGGAAUGGAGGCGGAACUUUGAACGGAAAGCCAUGGGAGGAUCACCUUCCAACAGACUCUGCUAUUGUGAUGCAUCUGUUGGCCACGUACUUGGACUCGCAGCUCCCGCCAGUGCCUCAGAAUCCAGAUGGUCGCCCGUUCACUUCCCAGCACUUUGUGAAGGUGCCAGACAAGCCUCCCAAAAACAAGAAUGUGCCGAUCAUAUAUCAGACCCAAAUCAAUCCACCUCAUUACGUGGUGGUGUCAGGAAGCGAAACGUUUGAUGUUGGCAAGGGCCACAACAACUUCCUGCACACCAUCCUCUUGUUCCUCCACCUGGUCAGCACCCAGGAGCACGGCAUGCUGGGGCGUGUCAACCUGGGGCCGUCGGGCAUCAACAUGCUGUGGAUAAUAGGCAGCUAGAUGGUCACCAACACCGACAAUGACAGACUGUAAACACCAGCAUGUGUUCAUAUUCUUGACAAUCAUCUCUUCAGUCUGAGGAUGAACAGUACCCAUUAUAACAUGAAGUAUUUUGAUUUUACCCACAAUUACUGUAGUUUUUUUUUUUAACUACUUUAUUUUGAUGUUGAUUGUAUAGAAUGGUGUCUUAUGUUCUGAUUGUACUUUGUUUAUUUUAGAUAUCCGUUCAAGUGUACUAUGGUCUAUACUGCUAUGUACUAUGUGCAUGUGAAAAUAAAUAUUUUUUAAUGCCAUCAAAA